GAACGGCAACCGGCGGGAGUUUUUCAAAAUGGGAGCGCGGAGGCGCCGCCCAGGCCUCGGAAGGUGCCCGGGAGACCUUUCGGUGGCUGUGGUGUCGUCGCCGGGAGCGGCGGCCUAAAGAGCCGAGCCUGAUGGACGCCAAGACACGCUGCCUACUUGGAGCGCUGCCUCGAAAGGACUGCGUAAAGGGAGUUAAUCCAGGGAGCACGGACCGCGGCCUGGAAAUAUGGCGACCUGCAUCGGGGAGAAGAUCGAGGAUUUUAAAGUUGGAAAUCUGCUUGGUAAAGGAUCAUUUGCUGGUGUCUAUAGAGCUGAGUCCAUUCACACUGGUUUGGAAGUUGCAAUCAAAAUGAUAGAUAAGAAAGCCAUGUACAAAGCUGGAAUGGUACAGAGAGUCCAAAAUGAGGUGAAAAUACAUUGCCAAUUGAAACAUCCUUCUAUCUUGGAGCUGUAUAACUAUUUUGAAGAUAACAAUUAUGUGUACCUAGUAUUAGAAAUGUGCCAUAAUGGAGAGAUGAACAGGUAUAUAAAAAACAGAAGAAAACCAUUCUCAGAAAAUGAAGCUCGACACUUCAUGCACCAGAUCAUCACAGGAAUGCUGUAUCUCCAUUCUCAUGGUAUAUUACACCGGGACCUCACACUUUCUAACCUCUUACUUACGCGUAAUAUGAACAUCAAGAUCGCUGAUUUUGGGCUGGCCACUCAAUUGAAAAUGCCACACGAAAAGCACUAUACUUUAUGUGGAACUCCUAAUUACAUUUCCCCAGAAAUUGCAACUCGAAGUGCACAUGGACUUGAAUCUGAUAUUUGGUCCUUGGGCUGUAUGUUUUAUACGUUACUUAUUGGAAGACCACCUUUUGACACUGACACCAUCAAGAACACGUUAAAUAAAGUUGUAUUGGCAGAUUAUGAAAUGCCAACUUUUUUGUCAAGAGAAGCCAAGGACCUUAUUCACCAGUUACUUCGUAGAAAUCCAGCAGAUCGUUUAAGUCUGUCUUCAGUAUUAGACCAUCCUUUUAUGUCCCGAAAUUCUUCAACAAAAAGUAAAGAUUUAGGAACUGUAGAAGACUCUAUUGAUAGUGGACAUGCCACAAUUUCUACUGCAAUUACGGCUUCUUCCAGUACCAGUAUGAGUGGUAGUUUAUUUGACAGAAGAAGACUUUUGAUUGACCAGCCACUCCCAAAUAAAAUGACUAUAUUUCCAAAGAAUAAAAAUUCAAGUGAUUUUUCUUCUUCAGGAGAUGGAAGCAGCCUUUAUACUCAGUGGGGAAAUCAAGAACAAGAAACCAGUAAUAGUGGAAGGGGAAGAGCAAUCCAAGAGGCAGAAGAAAGGCCACAUUCUCGAUACCUUCGUAGAGCCCAUUCCUCUGAUAGAUCUGGCAUCUCUAAUAGUCAGUCGCGAGCGAAAACGUAUCCAAUGGAACGAUGUUACUCAGCAGAAAUGCUUCCAAAAUCCAAAAGAUCAGGAGUAGAUGAAGAUGAAGAAAGAUACUCAUCCACAAACAGCAAUGCUAAUAUUCUUCACUUCUUUAAAGAAAAGACAUCCAAUGGUUCUGGAUCUUUUGAAAGACCUGAUAACAAUCAAGCACUCUCCAAUCAUCUUUGUCCAAAAAAUGGAAAAACUCCUUUUCCAUUUCCAGACCAGACAGCUCAGACUGAAAUGGUGCAACAGUGGUUUGGGAAUCUGCAAAUAAAUGCUCAUUUAAGAGAAACUACUGAGUGCAACAGCAUUAGCCCAAACAGAGAUUUCCAGGGCCAUCCAGAUUUGCAGGACACAACAAGAAAUGCCUGGACUGAUAUAAGAGCCAAAAAGAGCCCUGAUGCUUCUGAUAAUGCGCAUUCUGCAAAACAGUUGAAUACCAUGAAAUACAUGACUGCAUUUCACAGUAAACCUGAGAUAAUUCAACAAGAAUCUAUUUUUGGCUUAGAUCCUUCUUCCGAACAAAGCAAGACGAGGGGUGUGGAGCCACCAUUGGGGUAUCAGAAACAUACAUUACGAAGCAUUACAUCUCCUUUGACUGCUUACAGGUUAAAACCAAUCAGACAGAAAACGAAGAAGGCUGUGGUGAGCAUACUUGAUUCAGAGGAGGUAUGUGUGGAGCUUCUAAAGGAGUAUGCAUCUCAAGAAUAUGUGAAAGAAGUUCUUCAUAUAUCUAGUGAUGGAAAUAUGAUCACUAUUUAUUAUCCAAAUGACGGAAGAGGUUUUCCUCUUGCAGAUAGACCGCCCUCACCUACUGACAACAUCAGUAGGUACAGUUUUGACAAUUUACCAGAAAAGUACUGGCGAAAAUAUCAAUAUGCUUCCAGAUUUGUGCAGCUUGUAAGAUCUAAAUCUCCCAAAAUCACUUAUUUUACAAGAUAUGCUAAAUGUGUUUUGAUGGAGAAUUCCCCUGGUGCUGAUUUUGAGGUUUGGUUUUAUGAUGGAGCAAAGAUACACAAAACAGAAGAUUUAAUUCAGGUGAUCGAAAAGACUGGCAAAUCUUACACCUUAAAAGGUGAAAGUGAAGUUAAUAGCUUGAAAGAGGAAAUAAAAAUGUAUAUGAACCAUGCUAAUGAGGGCCACCGUAUUUGUUUAGCACUGGAAUCCAUAAUUUCAGAAGAGGAAAAGAAAAGUGGAAGUGCUCCCUUUUUCCCAAUAAUUGUAGGAAGAAAACCUAGUAGUACUAGUUCACCUAAGGCCUUAACACCUCCUCCUUCUGUGGAUCCAAACUACCCAAUGAGAGAGACACCAUCUCUGAAUAGAAUGAUCAUAAAUAGUGCAGCUUCUCCAAAACAGGCACCAAUACUUAAUCCUUCUAUGGUUACAAAUGAAGGACUUGGCCUUGCAGGUGCAGCUUCUGGAACUAACAGCUCUCCUAGUAGUCUAAAAGAUUGUCUCCCUAAAUCAGCACAACUUUUCAAGUCUGUUUUUGUGAAAAAUGUCGGUUGGGCUACACAGUUAACUAGUGGAGCUGUGUGGGUUCAGUUUAAUGAUGGGUCCCAGUUGGUCGUGCAAGCAGGAGUGUCUUCUAUUAGUUAUACAUCUCCAGAUGGUCAAACAACUAGAUAUGGAGAAAAUGAAAAAUUACCAGAAUACAUCAGACAGAAAUUACAGUGUCUUUCUUCCAUCCUUUUGAUGUUUUCUAAUUCAACGCCUAGUCUUCAUUGAUUAAAGCUCCUUUUAGAUAUAUAUAUGUUUAAUAAAUAACGUUUUUGUUGGCUUUCAAGUAAAGUGACUUUUUUCAUUUUAAAAAACUUCUUCAGAAAGCCCUUCUAUAAAAGAGAAUUUUAAUCUAUACCAUAACAGAUGUAUUCUAAUGAGAGAACAAAGCAGAAUGAAACUUGAGUCACUUACAAAAUGUGGUCGUAGACUAAAAUAGGACACCUAACUUUGCUCUUAGAACAUAUACUCCUAAAAUUACUGUGUUCACAUAUUUGUAUUGAACAAUCUUUUAAAGCAAAAAUAUAAAUGGUGUGUGGUAUAUUUGUGCUUUUAUUUUUUCCCCUACUUCUUAGACAUGUUAAGAAUCAUGGACAAAACAUGCUGGAGUUUCAGAAUUUUGAACAUGUAAAUAAUGUGUAUUUAUGUUACAAGUAACAUAUGUAAACAUGUAUAUUUGUUUUAUAUUUAUUUUUGUAGCACUAGUUUGUGAUGAAACAUUUCUGAAAAUGCAUUUUAUUAAAAAAUAAUAAAUACAGUGUUACUUUAUCUUUUGAUUUAUUUAAUUAAAUACUUAAUUUAGGGACUUCCCUGGUGGUGCAGUGGUUAAGAACCCACCUGCCAAUGCAGGGGACAUGGGGUUCAAUCCCUGGUCCGUGAAGAUCCCACAUGCUGCAGAGCAACUAAGCCCGUUCACCACAACUACUGAUCCUGCGCUCUAGAGCCCACAAGCCACAACUACUGAGCCCACAUGCUGCAACUGCUAAAGCCUGCACGCCUAGAGCCCGUGCUCUGCAACGAGAGAAGCCACCACAAUGAGAAGCCCGCACACCG